AUGGCAACCAUCAAACUCAUGAAUCAAGUUCUGGUUAGUUUGGAUCGUUUUGACGGGACUAACUUCACACGGUGGCAAGACAAGUUGAAAUUCCUCCUGACGGCAUUGAAGGUUUUUUAUAUCCUUGAUCCAGAUUUGGCACCUUUGCCGAAACCAACGAAUGGAGAAUCCAAAGCAAUCAUGACCGAGAGACAAAAGCGCCAAGAAAAUGAAUUGAUUUGCCAUGGCCACAUCUUGAAUGCAUUGUCAGAUCGUUUGUAUGAUCUAUACACCAAUACAACUACAGCGAAAGAAAUCUGGGAAGCAUUGGAAAGUAAGUACAAGGCGGAAGAAGAAGAAAAUAUCCCUCUUCUUCCCCAAGUGCAUGAGUUGCAAGUGAUUGUCAACAAAUUAAAGGCGGUGAAAAUUGAUAUACCAGAGACCUUUCAAGCGAGGGCUAUAAUUGCCAAACUUCCCGGAACUUGGAAAGGAUGCCGGAAGAAGAUCAUGCAUAGUUUCGAAGAUUAUUCUUUGGAACAAUUACAAAAGCAUCUUCGAAUCGAAGAGGAGUCGAGAAUACGUGAUAAAACUAAAAAUUCUCAUGAGGGCUCUUCUAAAGCAAAUGCUGUGGAAAAAAUAGAACCGCUGGCAAAAUCCAACAAAAGAAAGCCUUCUAGGAACUUUAACAAGUCCAAGAAGAAGACAAAAUGA